GCAGGAGGCUUAACCAACAGAAGUUUGGACAAGGAGGCGUCUCGGCGGAUUCAAACCCCGGACCCAAACACAAAAAAAAACUUUCAGGGAAACGUAGCUACCGGUGUUAUGGACAGUCUGGCAGUUUUCGCGAGAACAGCCAAUGCUGUCGUUGGAAAGACUGGAAACUGAGUUCUGGUUCAACCCAGAUUCUAUGAGAUCUAUGAGAUAUGUGAAACGAAUAGGGUGGUUACUGGCAAUGCCUCUAAUCUUCUAAUUUGAAGAAUUUACGUUACAACGAUAGUAACUUUAACGUAGCCAGCCAGGCUAAGUGAAUGGCAGCUGACCGCUUCGUCUGAAGCUAACCAUAACUUACGAAGCAAGCAAUCGUAGCGCUAGCCUGCUACGACGAAACAACGUUGGAAGACAGUUCAACUUUAUUAGGACAGCAAGUCAAGUUUACCUUCUGGGUGGAAAGGGGACUUGGGUCUGUGAACAUUAAUUGGCAUGGCGGGUGUUACUCUCCAGAGCACCUGCCUUAGAGGCCUUGGCGAGGGGGACAUCUUGGACCCAGCUUUCCAGCAGCGCUUGGAAGAUGCACGAGCACUGCUGCGGCAGCAGAUCCAACGUGAGCUGAAGAUCAAGGAGGCCGCGGAGAGGCUCCGGCGGGCCGUCACCAACCGGAAGAGUGCGGCUGACGUGGAUGGACAGUUGCGCGCCUCCAGCCGCAAGCUGGAGCAGUUGCACUGGGACCUGCAGGAGCUCAACGCCCGGGCCAUGGCCACCGAGAAGGACAACCCCACCAGUGAUGCUACAUCACCUGACCCUUGUCUUUGGGAGGAGAUUAAAUCCCCACUCGCUGGUCGCAUCCAUGCCCUCCAGAAGCAGCUCACCAUAGAGACUAAAGUCAAGCAAGGGGCUGAGAAAAUGAUCCAGACCUGUGCCAGCAGCUCUGUCAGAGACCGAAAGAUGCUGUCCACGGCCCAGCAGAUGCUGCAGGACAGCCGCACCAAGAUCGAGCUGCUCCGCAUGCAGAUCAUCAAAGUCACCCAUGCACGAGAGGGGGAGCGUGAGGCGGCCGACCCAGAAGAGACCAUCAGCCCCCUGGAGCUGCGGGUGGAAGAGCUCCGACACCACCUGAAGAUCGAGGCCGCCGUGUCCGAGGGCGCCAAGAAUGUGGUCAAGCAACUCGGGGGACGCAAGGUGCAGGACCGACGGGCGCUGGCUGAGGCCCAGGCCCGUCUGCAGGAGUCGUCCCAGAAGCUGGACCUGCUGCGUCUGUCCCUGGAGCGCCGUCUGGGCGAGCUGCCCCCGGACCACAGCAAGCGGACCGCCAUUAAAGAGGAGCUCACGAUAGGCGCCUCCCCCUCCGUGGGCCCGCAGAGGGACCGCCUAUACACUACCUCCUCCUCGUCCUCUUCCUCCUCCUCUUCCUCCUCCUUCUUCAAGCCAGCCUCCCUGACAGGUCGUCUGGAGGUCAGGCUCAUGGGCUGUCAGGACCUGCUGGAGUCGGUGCCGGGCCGCUGUCGGGUCUCCGGCCUGACCUCGACGGCAGGCAGCCCCUCCGAAGCCAAGUCCCUGAAGAUCCGGUCGGGCCUGUCUGGACGCAGCACCAACGGCAAGACCCUCAAGAGCGACGAGCUCUCCACGGAGAUCAAUGCUAUGGUCAAGGUGGAUAACCGGAUUGGGGGCCGCACGCACUGGAGACCCAUCAGCAAGGAGUGCUGGGACCAGAGCUUCAGCAUCGAGCUGGAACGGUCUCGUGAGCUGGAGAUCGGCGUGUUUUGGCGGGACUGGCGUUCCCUGUGUGCCGUCAAGUUCCUGCGGCUGGAGGACUUCUUGGACAACCAGCGCCACGGCAUGUGUCUGUACCUGGAGCCCCAGGGCACCCUCUUUGCUGAGGUGACCUUCAUAAAUCCUGUGAUUGAGCGCCAUCCAAAGCUACAGCGACAGAAGCGGAUCUUCCCCAAGGAGAAGGGGAAGAACUUCCUGCGCGCGGCUCAGAUGAACAUGAACUUUGCCACGUGGGGGCGGCUGAUGAUGAGCGUGCUGCCGCCCUGCCACAGCAACAUGGCGGCCCUGAGCCCCCCAAUCUCCGGGCCCGACGUAACCUCGCCGCCCUCCGCCGACAAGACCGCCUCGUCCACGCCACCCCCUCUUGGGGACUCGGCUGUGCUCAAGCUGAACUUCAGUGAAGACCGGCCGCCCAAACCACCACGCCUUCACACGACCAAGACGUCAUCUUUAGACAAUCCAUCUCAGCUGAAUUCCAAAGUAAACUCCACAGAGGGCAACCACAUUUCCAACGUCAGACCUACACCUCAACCUGUUCCCAGGACAAAACUGAAGAUGCAGAUGGAAGACUUUAACUGCGUCUCAGUUCUGGGACGGGGACACUUUGGAAAGGUCCUACUGGCCGAGUUCAAGAGGACAGGGAAGCUGUACGCCAUCAAAGCCCUGAAGAAGGGCGAUGUUGUCACCCGGGACGAGGUGGACAGUCUAAUGUGUGAGAAGAGGAUCUUUGAGACAAUCAACGUGUCGCGGCACCCCUUCCUGGUGAACCUGCACGGCUGCUUCCAGACCAGUGACCACGUGUGCUUUGUGAUGGAGUACUCCCCCGGGGGCGACCUGAUGACUCACAUCCACACAAACGUUUUCACCGAGCGCCAGACCCGGUUCUAUACUGCCUGUGUGCUCCUUGGGCUGGAGUUCCUGCACCAGAACAAAAUAGUUUACCGGGACUUGAAGUUGGAUAACCUUCUGAUGGAUGCAGAUGGCUUUGUGAAAAUUGCUGACUUUGGCUUGUGUAAAGAAGGUAUGGGUCACGGUGAUCGCACCUCCACCUUCUGUGGCACACCUGAGUUCCUGGCGCCGGAGGUGCUGACGGAGAGUAACUACACGCGUGCAGUGGACUGGUGGGGCCUGGGCGUCCUCAUCUACGAGAUGCUGGUGGGGGAGUCUCCAUUUCCAGGAGACGACGAGGAGGAAGUGUUUGACAGCAUCGUGAACGAUGACGUGCGCUACCCGCGGUUCCUGUCACCGGAAUCCGUGUCAGUAAUCCAGAAGCUGUUGCAGAAGAGCCCAGAGAAGCGGCUGGGAGCAGGAGAGCAGGACGCUCAGGAAGUGAAGAAACACCGCUUCUUCCAGGGGAUCGACUGGGAGGCUCUGCUGGCCAAGAAAGCCAAGCCCCCUUUCCUGCCCACCAUCAAGGGCUCGGUAGACGUCAGCAAUUUCGACGAGGAGUUCACGCGCCUCAAGCCUGUCCUGACUCCACCCCAGAGCCCGUUCUUCCUCACCGCUGAGCAGCAGGACAUCUUCGCCGACUUCGACUUCUCGGCACUGCACUGAACGCUCAGGACUAAUCAUCUCUCUCUCUCUCUCUCUCUCUCUCUCUCUCUCUCUCUCUUUUUCUCUCUCUCUCUCACUGUUUGGCUAUGCACCUAUAGUUGUCUCGCUGUUACCCCUUUAAGACCGUUGGCAAAUCUGUGCUUUGAGCUCAAGUCGGCCCCACUCCCCUGCAGCUCCCUCUAGCCCUCCGCGGAGGAGGAGGAGGAGGAGGAGGAGUGAGGACCCAGUGAAGCGUGGAGGCCCACACUGUAGCUCUGUGUUAUGCUUGUGAACACUACUCUCUGCCUGCUCCCCCACCUCCAACCCCCACACACACACAC